AUGGCUUCCUCUCCUGAGACUGCUACGUCGCCAGAAACAUCUUCUUCAUCAUCAUCACCAACAACUCCGUCACCAUCGUCAUCACCACCAGCACCUCCGAAAUCAUCAGCACAAUCGCCAUCAUCAUCAACCCAAAAACCUCAACCCCCCUCUACAACUGAAUCACCACCUUCUCCUUCCUCAAACAAGAAUAGAAGUCCACCUUCACCAUCAUCAUCCAGCGACGCUCCUCCACCGCCACCGCCACCACGACAGCAGUCCUCAUCAACACCAUCUUCUUCUUCUUCUUCUUCCGGGGCAUUGUCACCUCCAAGUACGCCGAAACAAAAGACCCCAUCGUCGUCGGGUUCACGUUCACCAACACAUUCUGAAAGCUCGUCUCACAAUUCGUCAUCCGCACCCCUUCUAGUAGGACUCGCAGUGACAGCGAUGGCGUUAUUACUCAUUAUGAUUGUCGUCUGUGUAUGCUUAUCCAAUAAGAGAAAAAGAAGGCCGCAGAAUCAGCUUCCAUACUACACUGAUCCUCCUUUUGGACACAAAGGCAACGCAUACUACAAUGGCACGCCGCUUCAAAAUUGGCAGUAUAACAGCCCCCUACGAGGGGAUCACAUUGUGAAGAUUCCCCCACCUCCGGGCUUUAUGGGGUCACCGGCGGCUGCAGGGUGGCAUGCAGCACCGCCUCCACCUCCACCAGCGACGAGCAGUGGUGACUUGAGCUCCACUUCCUCAGGUCCACACAAUCCUCCGUUGCCGCCUCCUUCUCCAUGCGUCGCUCUUGGAUUCAUCAACCAGAGUACCUUCUCCUAUGAAGAACUAGCAGCGGCAACCGGUGGAUUCUCUGAGAAAAACUUGUUGGGUCAAGGUGGGUUUGGUCAUGUACAUAAGGGAGUGUUGCCAAAUGGAAAGGAGAUAGCAGUAAAGAGCCUAAAGUCGGGUAGCGGGCAAGGAGAGAGAGAGUUCCAAGCAGAGGUGGAAAUCAUCAGCCGUGUUCAUCACCGUCACCUUGUUUCACUUGUUGGCUACUGUAUGGGUGGGGGGCAUCGGAUUUUGGUCUACCAAUUUGUUCCCAACGGAACACUAGAAUACCACCUUCAUGGAAAGGAUCGUCCCACAAUGGAUUGGCCUACAAGGCUCCGGAUUGCAUUGGGAUCAGCCAAAGGGCUUGCAUACCUUCAUGAAGAUUGCCACCCUCGCAUCAUUCAUCGUGACAUCAAAACUGCAAAUAUUCUGCUUGACAAUAAUUUUGAGGCCAUGGUGGCCGAUUUUGGGUUGGCGAAACUCUCUUCUGACAAAUACACUCACAUCUCAACACGAGUCAUGGGAACAUUUGGGUAUUUGGCACCUGAAUAUGCAUCAAGUGGCAAGCUAACUGAGAAAUCUGAUGUUUUCUCAUUUGGUGUUAUGCUAUUAGAACUGAUCACUGGACGACGCCCUGUGGAUACCGCCAAUUCAUACAUGGAUGAUAGCUUAGUAGAUUGGGCAAGACCCAUUUUGACACAUGUACAAUCGGAUGGCAACUAUGGAGAGUUGGUGGAUCCUCGCCUUGAAAACAAUUAUAACCCUAGUGAGAUGGCACGCAUGGUAGCUUGUGCUACUGCAAGCAUUCGUCAUUCUGCAAGGAGGCGCCCAAAAAUGAGUCAGAUUGUGCGUGUUUUAGAAGGUGACGUCUCACUGGAUGAUUUGAAUGAGGGGAUAAAACCUAGCCAAAGCGCUAUAUUUGGCUCAAAUGGCGGGGCUUCGGACUGA